AGAGUCCAUAGUGACACUUCGAGGCGCUUCCGCGUCGUCGUAUUUCUUCUCAUUCCUUCACCCUCGCACCUUCUUUUCUUUUUUCUUUGUCCACGUGCACAUUGUCAGUAACGCACGAAGACAAACUGGAAGGGUUUGAAUUAUUUUUUCACGCAAGAAGAGGAAGUCGUUUUCUGAAAAGGAAGAAAAAAUGAUGCCACAGAACGAUGAGUCGUCUGCCUUCAACGUGCAGCCGGCGUUUGCUGCCGCCUACCAACGAACUCGCCUGAAGGCCAACGCGGUGCUGCUGCGUUACGGUCACAUCAUCCCCGUCGCCGCGGUGCUCAUUUGCCUUCUCAUCGCUUCCACCAUUUCUAUUCAGCGGGAGAUUCAGUACUCUCGUGAGGCGAGGAAUGCAAACACGACCACCACCACGACGACCACCACCACGACGACCACGACGACCACCACUGCGGCGCCGACGAAGUCUCCUGAGGAAGAUGGGACGCCGAAGCCGCCUCCUGCGCCGACCGCACCCCCGACCAGCACGAAUGCGGUGACGGAGCCGCCUGCAACGACACAGAAGAGGAAUCCAGCGAGGGAGCGAAAAGGCGCCGCCAAAUCUCUGAAAAAGACGGCGCGGCAAGGCCGAGAGGAAGUCCGAAAACGCGUGUAA